ACACGCUCAGGUUUGGAGACUGAUCCCCCUUCCAUCUCUAUUGGCUUCUGUCCCGUUGUGUUCCUCAGGCCUGGACCAUACUAGUAAGGUGUGGGUAACCACCACCGAUUGCCUUCCGACUGGGAUGUAACGUGGGAUAUGUCUGGGAAAGAUUCAGAACCGGAACCAGCGCAUAGUGAUGGAGACCACCAUGAAGACGGCGAACAUGAUGACCCUGAAUUGAAAGCUAUAAGGAUGCGAGUACGGGAGAUGGAAGAGGAGACGGAACGCCUGAAGGGGCUGACCGGGGAUGAGACCAAGUCAGCGGAAAAUCCUAAAGCUGGCCCUCCUCGUCCUAUGACCACAGAAGAAAAGCGGGAGGCCGACAAACGCUCAGUGUAUGUAGGAAAUGUGGAUUAUGGAGGCACAGCCCGGGACUUAGAAUCUCACUUCAGCAGUUGCGGGUCCAUCAACCGGAUAACAAUUCUAUGUGACAAAUUUUCUGGCCAUCCCAAAGGAUAUGCAUAUAUAGAAUUUGCAGAAAAGAGCUCGGCGGAAGCCGCCAUAGCGAUGGAUGAAUCGGUGUUCCGUGGACGAACUAUCAAGAGGUCGUGGAAGGACAGGCCAGUGGAAUAAUCUAUACUGAACCUCGGCCCUGUGGCUGGCCCUUUCUACCCUCAUGUCCAC